AUGCGCCGCGGUCCAUCGAAUGGUGGGGCCAAAGCCGCUCAUGGAGCCCAAUCAUCACCACCAUCACCAGAUCUGUGUGCCGCCUCCGACGUCGAGGCUGGUCUCAAGAACGAAGUCUCUUUUGAUGAAUACACCGACAUUUCCUCGCUAGUACUCAACUUUGUUCCUUGUCCUUUCGUGUCCAGCUGCCCCAGCAUUGGCAAGAGCAAGAGCAAGAGCAAGAGAAAGAAGAUGGAUGCAUCUGUCGGCCCGCGACGCUUCUCUACGAGUGGCGAGGAAAGAGAUGGAUUGCUGUCGGACGCGAGGAAGUCGUCGCAGCAGUAUGGUACGCUGCCAGAUGCUUCAGAGUUGGAGAGACUUGUGAGCCCGAAUGGGACCGUGGAAUUGCACACAACAGCUGGCACAGAAGCGAAGAUUCUAUUCAAGAGCAGCGUACCGCUGAUGCUCACGUACCUGCUGCAGUACAACUUCAGUUUGGUUACUAUCUUUGUGGUUGGACAUAUUGGAACCGACGAGCUUGCAAUCGCCAGUCUGGCAAGUAUGACGGCGAACAUUACAGGAUUGGCAGUGUACGAAGGACUGGCGACGAGCUUGGAUACGCUGUGUGCACAGGCGUAUGGGAGUGGAAAGAAGACGUUGGUUGGUCUGCACUUGCAACGCAUGUGCUUGUUCAUGCUGCUGGUGACAAUUCCAAUUGGCGCACUCUGGCUGACCUCGGGCUGGAUCCUCGCAGCUCUGGUUCCUGAGACAGAGCUGGCUCAUCGCGCGGGGCAAUACUUAUCCCUUCUUCUCGCAGGCGCUCCAGGCUACGCCAUUUUCGAAGCAGGAAAACGCUUCACCCAGGCCCAAGGCCUUUUCAAUGCCUCCCUCUUCGUCCUUCUCAUCGCAACACCCAUCAACAUCAUCCUCAACUACAUCUUCGUCUUCGUUCUGGAGUGGGAUCUCGCCGGAGCGGCUGUGGCAACUGUCAUUUCCAACAAUACACUCCCGUUUCUCCUCUGGAUCUACGUCUAUUUCGUCAACCCAGCCUCCCUCGAAUGCUGGGGCGGCUUCUCACGAUCUGCUUUCACGCACUGGGGCCCCAUGGUCAAGCUCGCAAUCCCGGGCAUCAUCAUGGUCGAAACAGAAUGGCUGGCCUUUGACAUUCUUACUUUCUCGUCCACCUACCUCAGCACUGCUCACCUCGCUGCCCAAAGCAUCAUCAUGACCAUGGCCGUCGCAAUCUACCACGUCCCUUUCUCCGUCGGCGUUGCCGUCUCCACACGCCUGGGCAACCUCGUAGGCGCAGGAAGUCUGAAGGCAGCCCGAAUCGCGACAAAGUGUUACAUUCUCACCUUCCUCGCUAUCGGACUGGUCGACUUUGUCGUUCUUACGGCCUGCAAAGACAUCCUCCCGAAAGCUUUCACCACCGACCCGGUUGUGCAAGACAUUGUGUCCACGGUUCUCCCGCUUCUCGCAGUCUUCCAGUUUUGCGACUCGACUACGGCGUUGGUCAACGCGCUCCUGCGCGGUCUCGGCAAGCAGGCUAUUGGCGGCUGGUGCAAUCUUUUCGUCUACUAUGUCGUUGCCGUGCCGCUGGCGCUGGGGCUGUGCUUCAAGGCAGAUUGGAAGCUGCUGGGCUUGUGGACGGGAUGUGCGGUCGGGAGUAGCUGUAUCAGUGUUACCGAGGGAGUGUAUAUGAAAUUCUACAACUGGGAAAAGGCGAUCGAGGAGGCGAAGGGGAGGGAGGAGUAA